AUGCCUGCUACCAAGUCUGUGAAGCUCAACACUGGCGCUGAGAUGCCUACUCUCGGGCUUGGCACCUGGAAGUCGGGUACAGGCGAGGUUGCUCAUGCCGUCGAGUUUGCCCUCAAGAACGGCUACAAGCACAUCGAUACCGCCACUGCCUACGAAAACGAGGCAGAAGUCGGCCAAGGAAUCAAGGCGUCAGGUGUUCCUCGCGAAUCCUUCUUCUUGACGACGAAACUGAACAACAACGACCAUCUUCGCGUCGAGGAGGCUCUUGACUCUUCCUUGAAGGCUUUGGGGACAGAGUACCUGGAUCUCUGGUUGAUGCACUGGCCGGCGCCUAUGGUCCAGGAUCUGAGUGGCCCUGACCGCUCGAUCGAUUGGCUCGAUACAUGGAAGAAAAUGGUAGAGGUGUACAAGGCGAAUCCAGGAAAGCUCAAGGCUAUCGGUGUCUCUAACUUCUGCGUUGAUUGGUUAAAGCGCCUACUUGACAACUCUGACGUCGUCCCUGCGGUCAACCAAAUUGAGCUCCACCCAUCCUGCACGCAAGAAGAGCUCGUCGAGUUAUGCAGGCAGAAGGGCAUUGUCGUCACCGCCUACUCUCCCCUCGGCUCGAACGACUCUCCACUUUUGAGCAGUGAAAUCGUCAAGAAGAUCGCAGAGAAACAUAACGUUCACCCUGCGACUGUUCUCAUUUCUCUUCAGGCAAACAAACCAGGCGUCAACGUGCUCUCCAAAUCUGUCACCAACUCUCGCAUCAUUUCCAAUCUCAACGUCAUCGACCUUACCGACGAAGAGAUUAAGGAGCUCCAGGGCAUCAAGACCAACCAUUUCCGUGUCUGCCAUCCCAAUUGGACGGGAUGGGGCUCGCUCGGGUUCUCAGAUUGCGAGUAA